GUACUGCCUGUUCUCCGGACUGUACUCGGCUCCAGCUCGGCUCCGUGUCUCAGCCAUGGCAUCAGGGAACAGGGAGAAGCAAGAAGACCUACCGGUGUACUUAGCACGGCCGGGCACCGCAGACCAAGUGUCCCGGGUGAAGUAUGGAGGGAUGUUCUGCAAUGUGGAGGGGGCAUAUGAAAGUAAGACUCUAGACUUUGACUCUCUGAGUGUGGGGCAGAGAGGAGGCAGAAAGAGCAAUGCUGGGCGUCCAGGGACAAGCAACCAGGAUGAGAAGAAGUGUGAUCAGAGCAACAAAGAAGGGGACAACCAAGGAGUGGAGAUCAAGACUUCUUCUGGGAAGGAGAUCCUACAGAACCUGACUGAUCAGAAGAGUGACCGUCUUUUGAUCAAAGGAGGUCGGAUAGUUAAUGAUGACCAGUCUUUCCACGCUGACAUUUACAUGGAAGAUGGACUCAUUAAGCAGAUUGGAGACAACUUGAUAGUACCAGGUGGUGUGAAAACCAUUGAAGCCAAUGGGAAGAUGGUGAUCCCAGGAGGCAUUGACACACACACUCACUUACAGAUGCCCUAUAGAGGGAUGACCACAGUGGACGAUUUCUUCCAAGGGACUAAAGCUGCUCUUGCUGGGGGAACCACCAUGAUAAUUGACCAUGUGAUCCCAGAGCCUGAGUCCAGCUUGACUGAAGCCUUUGAGAAGUGGAAAGAGUGGGCUGAUGGGAAAGCCUGCUGCGACUACGCUCUGCACGUUGACAUCACUCAUUGGAAUGACAGUGUCAGGCAAGAAGUGGAACACCUUAUCAAGCAAAAAGGUGUUAACUCUUUCAUGGUUUACAUGGCCUAUAAAGAUUUUUAUCAGAUGUCCAACACUGAGCUCUAUGAGAUUUUCACUUUCUUGGGAGGACUGGGUGCGAUUGCUCAGGUUCAUGCUGAGAAUGGAGAUAUCAUCGCCCAGGAGCAGCAAAGAAUGUUGGAAAUGGGUAUUACGGGACCAGAGGGCCAUGUUUUGAGUCGACCUGAGGAGCUGGAAGCAGAAGCUGUUUUUCGUGCCAUUACCAUUGCAAGCCAAACAAACUGUCCACUAUAUGUGACCAAAGUGAUGAGCAAAAGUUCUGUAGACCUCAUUUCCCAAGCCAGGAAAAAAGGCAAUGUUGUAUUUGGUGAACCUAUCACAGCUAGCCUGGGAAUAGAUGGAACACACUACUGGAGCAAGAAUUGGGCUAAAGCUGCUGCUUUUGUGACUUCUCCACCUCUCAGCCCUGAUCCCACCACCCCUGACUACAUCAACUCCUUGCUGGCUAGCGGUGACUUGCAGGUAACUGGCAGUGCUCACACUGUUUUCAGCACUGCUCAGAAGGCAGUUGGAAAGGAUAAUUUCACCCUAAUUCCUGAGGGAACAAAUGGUAUUGAAGAAAGAAUGUCCAUCAUCUGGGACAAGGCAGUGGCUUCAGGCAAAAUGGACGAAAACCAAUUUGUUGCUGUCACCAGUACCAAUGCUGCCAAGAUCUUCAACCUCUACCCCAGGAAAGGGAGAAUAGCUGUAGGAUCAGAUAGUGACCUGGUUAUCUGGGAUCCCGAUGCAGUAAAAAUCGUUUCUGCCAAAAGUCAUCAAUCUGCUGCAGAGUAUAAUAUCUUUGAAGGCAUGGAGCUCCGAGGAGCACCACUUGUGGUCAUCUGCACAGGCAAAAUCAUGUUUGAAGAUGGCAACCUUCAUGCGACCCAGGGAACCGGACGCUUCAUUCCUUGUACUCCUUUCUCUGACUAUGUCUACAAGAGAAUCAAAGCCAGGACUAAGAUUGCAGAUCUACAUGCAGUUCCUCGGGGUAUGUAUGAUGGGCCGGUCUUUGAUUUGUCAUCAACUCCCAAGGCUGGUGUUCCCGCAGGGUCUGCUAAAGGUUCUCCAACAAGGCAGACCGCACCAGUCCGAAAUUUGCACCACUCUGCAUUUAGUCUAGCUGGAAACCAGUCAGAUGAUGGUGGCCUUCGUGGCAGCAGGAGAAUCGUAAAUCCCCCUGGUGGACGUUCUAAUAUAACAUCUCUCAGCUAAACAGCCAAGAAACCUAAAUGAGUGGGGAAACCACAAUGGUACAAUUGGUGUUUCAGACAGGCAAAAAAAUAAAAAAAAUAAAAAAUAAAAAUAAAAUUGAAACCAAGUCCAAUCUGAAGAUUUGUUAACCUUCAGGCCUUACAUUUUACAAAUGCUUUUUGCUACCUAGCUUUAAAAGUGUUGCUGUUUUGUUUCUUCAUAAUUGCAUAGCCUUAAUUUCAACCCAGUGCAUGCAGUUCAGAUGAUGGCAGUUACCAGAGGGUGCUGAUCCGGUUCCAUUUUCAUGUGGUUAUUUUAUAUAUUAUGUUUUUUUUGUUUUGUUUCUUUUUUUUUUUUUAAUAAGGCAUUGAAAACAAAUAUCUGGUGGAUACAGUUAGUUGUGAAACAUGAUGGAUCUUCCUUUAUCACCAAGCUUUUCUGUUUUUAUACAAGAAUUGCAAUAAAAUGGAGGUCCCACAAAAACUGUUGUUUGUGUGAUGAGGUUUAGAAAUGGAAACAACCCGUAGAAUAUGAUGUUUGCCAAAACUCUAAGUAACAGAAGAACAGCAAAUCACCCACACAUUGCGAGAUCUUUUUUUAUUUCAAACAAAAAUAAGCAUAACAAACAGCGAUCGUAUUUAACCCCUUUAUGACACCAAAACAUAUAUGUGCUGUCCAGAAAAUCGGCUUUAAAACCAGGUGCCGCAUAUAUGUGUCCCUGUGUUUUGUGCUAGGAGCAUGCUCAAUCAUGCACUCCCAGCACUGAGACUGGGCUGUCUGUGACAGCCCCAGGUCUCUACUAACGAUCGGGACUCUGAUAGGCUAUCACAGUGAUCGAUCAUUCUGCAGCCGCUGCCUGUGUUGUCUAUCCUCUAUGAAGUGAAGAGACGACAGACUUCUCUGCUAGGGAGGAGGGAAAUAUACAUUAGGGGAGAUUCACUAAAACUGUGACACAUAUAUUGUAGUGCAGUUGUGCAUACUGUAGUAACCAAUCAGCUUCUAGGUUUUAUUAGCAAAACUUAAUUGAACAAGUUAAAGUUAGGAGUUGAUUGGUUACUAUGUUUAGAUGCACCAGAUCCGGUGUGCUCUAGUUUUAGUAAGUCUCCCCCAUUUUAUCUAUUCCUCCUCACUGGAGACCCCUAUACAAAAAAAAUCCUGUUAAAAAAAAGAAAAGAUGAACUAGUUCAAUGCUUAACCUAACUUAGUGAGUGUAGGUGUCAGUGUUAGUGGCAGUGUACAGUAGAUGUCAGUGGUAGUGACAGUGUAGGUAUCAGUGUAAAUAUCAAUUAAUGGCAGUGUGUCAGUGCAAUUGACAGAUGGUGUCAGUGUGUUUUAGGUAAGAAAAAACUGUUUUAUAUUUAUUGUUAGUGUGUUUAGGUAGGACAAAAAAAAACGUUUGUCUCUUGACCCUACUACCGGUACAAAGAACAAAUCACACACACAUAUAUGUUAUUGCCACGAUCAUUAGGAGAAUUAAUUUUGCACGUUUUUUUUUUUUUGGUGGUGGUGCAUUGUAAUGGCAUAAAAUAUACAGCUAAAUUUAAAAAAAAAAAAGUUUUUUUUACUCUUUUGGGACUUUCCUUUGAUAUACAAAAAAAAAAAUCAGAAAAUAUAAAUUAACAUCUCCCACUAAAUGAAAGCCCAAUCUGUCCUGAACAAAAACAAGGUAAAAUCCACCUGGACACAAGUGGUUGCGAUGAUAUGUAGUUUUAUUAACGCAUGUCCAAGUUGCAAAAUCGGGCUUGGGUGUUAAGGUUUGUAAUAACCCUGGUCAUGAAGAGUUAAAGCAAAAUUGUCCAAUAGCGCGUGCAGCGAUUUAUUCCAGCCCACUGAUGUCAUGCAGUAUAAUCACAUGAAAACAAUGACAGUCAUACAGUACAGCACAACAACCCAUAAACGGCAGUAAAGGCAAGUAAACCAAUGAAUGAUUGGAAUGAUAAACAAGACCAUAUGACAAGGGUUUAUGGUAACUCUAGCAAUAGACUUCCCUAAUUUUUGUAUUGACCAGUCCUAAUACUGCAGAAACCCCAACCAAAGAAGGAGGGUUUAAGUCAGACCAUAACAAUUAGUGACUGGGGGAUUUAUGGAUUGUGGUCACAUGAUGAUCACAUGGCAUAUUUUUUAAUUUGCUACAAAGAAACAAGUUAGCAGUUACCUGAGUCAUUUGAAACAUAGGUGGUUCCAUUUGACUAGAUUUCAGGUUACCUGGGACUAGGAAAUCAGGGGUUUAAAAUAAAUGUCUGUUCGCCUACCAUUGAUACCAAAAUGUGUCUACACGUGUUUUAAUGCACUUUACAUUACACGUCAACACUUGUCACAACACACGUCAAUAUGCAUUUUCAUUUAUGUCAAAAGGAAAGUCUUCAGACAAGAUUGCAAAGUUGUUUCUCCAGCCAAAGUCUUUUACCUGAUGCCAUUAUGGGCAAAUUCUUGCAAAACGGCAACCUUUUAGGUUGUCAAAUGACCUCAGUUCAAGGUAAUAUGUAGGUGUAGAACAGGGUUUCUCAACCAGGGUUCCUCCAGAGUUUGCCAGGGGUUCCUUGAGCAAUUAACAAUUUCUGUCUGUCAGAUAUGUCCCACUGACACCAUUGAUCUUUUAGUUAUCUGUAAGGGAGUAUUUCUUCCCAGUGACCACAAGUGUAAGGAGCGUUCUUCUCACUGACCAUCACACUAAUGUAUCAUGAGUUGUAGAUAUAGUCAUUUCUAGUAGGGAUUCUCUGAGAGCGGAAAGUUAUUUCUAGGGUUCCUCUGUGUUGAAAAUGCUGAGAAAGGCUAAUGUAGAGGUAUUGUAUUAGAGAUAGCAAGAGGGGAUGGGGAAUGACAGCUGUAACAAUGAACACCUAGUUAUAGAAGAACAAAAAGGUGAGACAUUAUGAAAUAAAUAUAGCUUAGAGUCCUAUGUGAUUCUCGCGUCAGAUCUAUUUUACACUUGCACCCAUGAUAGGUAUUGUAAGAUUUAGCUAUCUAAUAGAUCACAGAAUCCUUCGUGACAAGGUCUUGAUUUUCUAUUCCUUUCACAAGGCUGGUGCCAUGUUUGUUUAGACGUCAUCUAGGGUCAGCAUAUACUUCCUAGUCUCUUGAUCUCCUCCUUGUUCACUUGCCAAGUGAAGUAUAAUGCUUUCCCUGCUCUCUGCUAGUGCUUAUCAUUGCCCUUCUGCAAAGAAGUAAAUAGAGGGAGUUUGUCGCUGCAUUUGAGGGUCCUUGUUGAACUGUGGAUGUCUUUGUGGGCCCUGGUUGUAUAUGAUGGGUACUGUAAAGGUUAAUUGUAAUGUGAACCUAUGGGCUGCACAAAAUAAAGUAGUAGCACUAUCCAG